AUGCGCCCUGGUCACGGGAUCCAAAACUACCCGCCCAGCUGCCAAAACCCCUGCGACGGGGUGACCCCCAACGCGACGGACCCCGUCUCUGGAUCCUACUACUGCUCGUACUGCAUCUGCAACAACCGCCUGUUGGGCCCCGCCAACUUUGAGCCCGCCAGCAACUUCACCGACUUCUUCAUCGACUGGAAACCUCUGGACAGCCAAUGCCCGCGGGACUGGCUCUGCACCUGGUCCAACUUCACCGCGGGGCCGUACCUCAACACGCAGUAUUACUACCCCCAGAACGAUGGGUUCAAAGGGUGCCCCGAGAAUGUCACGCUGGAGGUGGGCACGCGAGUCGAUCGUUUCGGGUCCCCACGCGGCGGGUACCUGGCCACGCCCGAGACCUCCUUCGCGCAACGCUCGAUCCCGCCUAGCAAUUUGAACAUCUUCAACGAUAGUACGCUGUACAACUACUGGCAGUAUGAGGUGCGGCGACCCUUCUGGGCCUUUUAUGGCGAGGUGCUGCCGUGGUUUGGUCAGCCCGGUGGUGGGGAGCAGUGGUAUGUUCCCGCGGGAUUGGGACCGCUGAUCGACAAUGGAACCCUGGUGCUGGUGGCGGCCAAGACUUAUGAGGACGAUGGGUCGGAUGAGGAGGACAGGGCGGCCGCAUGGAUGCAGGCUGAGGACGCGGUUGUGAUGGGCGAGAACGAGAUGUACCAUUAG